AUGAGCAAAGAAGCACCCGGGCCUCGACCGUUUACCUUUGUAGACUACAACCUCAAUCAGAGAGGAGUUACCGAUGUGGCACGAGCUCACUUGAUGAAGGAUCGAGUGCGGUCGAAACGUGAAGCCAGGUCGGAAUGGAUAUCUCGAAACCAGUUCUCGCCGUUGAGAUGGAUGCGCCCUAAAAAGGGUAACGGCGAAUCAAGUCCAGACAGUAUACAUGAAUCGUUGAACCGAGUCGGCGAAUCAACAGGCAUCGCAAGCAGGCCAAUGUCGCACUAUGCAGCCGUAAUUGACUUCCAAAAGGACAAGGUCAUAAACGCACCCUUGAGCAAAGGGAUGCACCCAGUAUCACCCAUUCCGCCCAAGAGUGACAAACGCCUAAAAGCAAGGCGUGUCAGGUCAUAUGACGGCUUUUCAAGGAGGAGGUCGAGCGUGAGACGGGAAGAAAGCCUGCCGGAGCAGCCACAACAGCAGGCAACUCGCCCUGCGUCUCGGUCGCGACAGCCUGAAAUGUUCAAAGACCCUGCGAACAUGGAGGACGGUGAAUUGCAGCCAGGUUCAGCCACAAAAAGACGUCGGAGGAGCCAGAGGAGCGACUCGGAUUUCAAACUGUCGUUGAUAGAAGGGCUUCGAAUUGCGACACCACCCAAUGACGAUGAUCAAGGUCUCGUGCCUCCGCGCCUGGACAACGAGGCGUCUAAUGAUAUGUAUGCGAAGCUCGCAAGCAUUGCUAGGCGCGCACUUCUUCCGCCGACGGCCUUGGAAUCCCAUCUCAUUCGAUACUUUGUAGCCAAUGCAGGGGGGAUGCUCGGUUUCGACCGCCAUCAGGAGAUUGUGGAAAAGUACGAACCAGUGGUUGGUUUAUUCCUUCCAUUCGCCCUAGCAAGCCAAUGGUGUUUCGAGACCAUGGUCCUGUUGUUCAGUGCUUACCAUCAUCGCAAAUACGCAUCCUCGAGGCGCGACGCAGGGUUCAUUGACGAGGAAAAGGAGUAUAUGGCCUCCCAGCAGAACAAGAUUCUUGCAACCACCCGAUCCAAGGUCUCAGCACUAGCUCACUCCAAAGACUCGAGUGACGAGGAUGUGGUUGCGUUUCUUUUCUUGGCCCUUUCUGAAUAUUGUGCCGGCAAUCGGGACAUUGGAUUGAUGCAUUUCGAAGCAUGGAGGAAGUAUUGUGAGAUGCGACGGCAACUUGGGAUAGAGGCGUGUGGUCUCCCAUGCAAAACGGUCGUCUGGUGGUGUACAUCGAUGCUGGUUGAAGACGAUGUGGUAUUGGGCUCGUUGCUGAGUCCAGUGACCAAGGCCAAAGUCCGAGAGGAGCCUGAGAAGCUCUUCAAAUACUUUGUGAAGUACACUGAGGGUGGCGAAGGCAUCGAGAGCAAAGGGCCCGCUGCCUUGCACAAGAACAUAACGCAGUGA